AUGCUCCUGCCCAGCAGAGCUGCAGACUCCAUGUCCGAGGGGCUAAAUGAGUUUGUCUUUCACAGAAACGUUCUGCUUCAGAUGGAGAACCAAACCAUGCUGACUCUUCUAGAACAGCCCAUUGUUUUUGAAAUUGUUGGGUUUGAUGUUCCUCCAGGAUAUGCUCCUUUCCUGUUCUUCCUGGCUCUGUUUGCAUACAUGGUGGUCCUAAUGGGGAAUGGGGUGGUGGUUUUAGUCAUUGUGAUGGACAAGAACCUGCACAGACCCAUGUUUCUAAUGAUCUGUCAUCUGAUGGUCUGUGAUCUGCUGGGGACCACAGCGGUGGUCCCUCGUCUCAUGAUGCACUUCCUAACAGGGCAGAAAAAGAUCACCUAUGGCCCAGCUAUCGCCCAGGCCUACUGUAUGCACACAUACGGAGCUGGAGUACAGACCAUUCUGAGUGCAAUGGCCUACGACAGGUAUGUUGCAGUGUGUGAACCUCUCAGGUAUCACUCCAUCAUGACUUCGGCUCGGCUCCACUCGUGCUGCACGCUGGCCUGGAUCUUGGCCCUGGUGCUCAUCGCCGUGCUCUUUUCCUUCCACAUGAACGUCCCGCUGUGCGGCCGAACCAUCCAACAUGUCUACUGCAGCAACAGAGGCAUCUUGGACCUGGCGUGCAUUCCCACCCCCAUAAGCAACAUCUACGGUCUGGUUAUGACCUGGUCUGUCAGUUCUGGGACCUUCAUCCUCAUCGCUUUCUCCUACAUCAGAAUCCUGAGUGUUUCUCUGAAACAAGGCCGAGCUGACAGCAGCGUCCGCAGCAAGGCCUUUCAGACCUGUGCGCCUCACAUCGUCGUGUACGUGCUCUACGAGGUUGCAUCAUUAAUUCUUGUUGUGAGCUACAGGUUCCCCUCACUUUCCCAAAACAUUAAGAAGUUCUUCAGCAUCCUCUUCAUCAUCAUCCCUCCAGCUAUCAACCCCAUCAUCUACGGCCUGAUCAGCAAAGACUUACGGAGCAGCAUCAUCAAGCAGGUUUCUGCACGGGUCUGUCUCAAAAACUGA